AUGUCAAGUAAUUUAAUUAAUGAUGAAAUUGUUCGUCUUCAAAAUAUUGGAAAAGUAUUUGAUGGUUAUAUAAUGUUUGUUCUUAUUAUUUUUGGAACAAUCGGUAAUUUAUUAAAUCUAUUUGUUUUUAUUCGUAUAAAAACCCUUCGACAAAUGUCGAAUUCAAUAUUUUUAAUUGGUUCAUUUCCUGGUAGUCUUGUAUCAUUAUGGUCAUCUCGUUAUCCUCGUAGUAUACUUAAUAUAACUGGUGUUGAUCCUCUUGUUGGUUCAAUAGUUUUUUGUAAAUUUCGAUGGUUAUUUGGACGUUGGGGUCUUAAUAUGCCAUUUACAUGUAUAUGUUUAGCAAGUAUUGAUCGAUUUCUUAUGACUUCACGUCAAGUAUAUUAUCGUCGUUUAUUUUCAUUAAAACGAGCUUAUAUAAUGGUGAUUCUAUCAAGUAUUAUUUAUUUAAUUAUUUGUAUUCCAGAUGGAAUUUAUUAUUCAGGUUAUUUAUGUACAGCAUUAGUGAAUGAUCGUGCUUUAUAUAAACAAUUUAUUGCUUAUUUUAAUUUAAUUCUUACAAAUAUUUUAUCAAUGAUUAUUCUUGGUACAUUUAGUAUUCUUACAUGGUAUAAUCUUAGAUCAACAAGACAAAAUAGACAAAUUAAUCAUCUUCAACAACAAGUUAAUCGAAUGAUGAUUGCUGAAUUUGCUUUAGCAUUUAUUACUACGUUACCUAAUUUUGUUUAUAAUAUUUAUUUACAAAUUACUCAGUCCAUGAUUAAAUCUCAAUUAAGAUUAGCACAAGAAUCACUUUGGUCAUCUAUUAGUGUUAUUAUGAGUUUUACAAUGAAUGUGGGAACAUUCUAUGUAUAUAUUAUUGUAUCUCGUCCUUAUAGACGAAAUGUACGAACAGCAUUAUGUUUUAAAAGACAAAAUCAAGUUACAUCACAUCAAACACGAUUACAACAUGGUACAACAAUUCAAACUUUUGGUAAUAUGACUACUCGUUUAUAA